AACUUAAUAUUGUAUGAUUAUAUUGUACUUGAGUGCUAUUAUUAUCAUUUCUCGUUGAAAUGCAUUGUGCAGUUUAAAUGCGACUAUUGAAUCAGUCAUCUAUAUAUAUACAUUUUUGUAUAUUUUGUUGUUGUUGAAAUAAUAGAGGGUUUCAAAAGGCUUACAGCGUUAAUAAAGAAUGUCCAGUAAUCCAAUUGCAGUAGAUCCAUUCAGUGAAGUUGCUUUGGAAAUAGAUAUUUGUGAAGGGAAUGGAGAUGUGGAUAACGAACAAAGUACACAAAGUACAAAAGAAGAUACUAAAAGUACAAUUAAUGAACCAACUUAUGCCGAACCGCUUACACCUGAAGAAAUACGUUGGUUUUACAAAGGCGGAGUCGAUAAAAGAUGGGUCGAGUUUUGUGGAUAUGAUAGUUUGCGAAUAGAAACGGCUUGGCAAGAGAGACAAUGUCUUCUUAGUAAAAAUGAUGGUAAAAGUAAUGAAUUGCCACCUGCUGAGAAAGUCGUUGUUAGAGGAGGAAUGUAUGAUACGGAAAUAGAUAAUAUGAAAUGUAUCUCUAUAUAUUGGCCAGGUGAAGAAUGGGAAAUAAUGAGAGGUACGUGGUAUUACGAUGGUAGUUGGAUACCAUUGGAAAUAGAACAUUCUAAAGUCAUAGAAGAAGUUCAUCUCAAAUUGUUUCCAAAACCAUCUUCGGAACAGUAUAAAUCAACACCUGAAACAAAUGCCUCUUCUUAUUCAUAUAAAGUAUUACAUACGGAAUGUUUUCCAGAAUUUCACGUCGACUGGCAUUCAAUAGAUUAUGUUGCAUUAUACAGUGAAUAUACAACAAGUAAAUUAAUGCGUAGCGUUACAUCCAAAUUGGGCUUGCCUAAAACCACAGGAUAUCGAAUAAAAAGAGGAUAUAAAAUUCCUGCCAUAAUGGAAGAUAAGCCUCAAGAUAUUGAUCAUUUAGUAUUUGUUGUUCAUGGAAUUGGUCAAAAAAGAGAUACUGGAAAAAUAAUACGCAAUACGACAUCAUUUAGAGAAUGCAUAGAACGAUUGAAACAACGGUUCUUUCCACACUCAAAUUACAGGGUUGAAUUUUUCCCCGUUGAAUGGAGAUCAUCCUUGAAACUUGACGGAGAUAUAGUUGAAGCUAUCACACCAUACAGUGUUUUAAGUAUUCGUCAUCUAUUAAAUACGUCAGCAAUGGAUAUACUUUAUUAUACAAGUCCUCUUUAUGGUGGAGAAGUAAGAGCUGGAUUACAAAAAGAAUUGAAUAGAUUAUAUUUCAUGUUCACUAGCAGACAUCCUGACUGGAAAGGCAAAGUUUCAAUUUUGGCACAUUCGUUGGGCUGCGUCAUCGUAUAUGAUAUAGUUACAGGAUGGAUGGGUCCAGACACAAGACCUCCGUCUCCUGAUCAAGAAGUAUUACUGCAAGGUUUACAAUUUCCUAUUGAGAACUUAUUUUGUCUGGGUUCUCCUUUAUCAGUGUUUUUAGCAUUACGUACACGUACACCGUCCAAUAGAUUAGAUGUAAUGCCUCAAGGUCUCUGCAAAAGAUUUUAUAAUAUAUUUCACUGGUCUGAUCCUGUUGCAUAUCGUAUGGAACCACUUUUGGAAAGAGGAUAUAGUAAAAUUGAGCCAGUUGUUAUACCACCGUAUGGAGGUGGAGUUGAUGAAUUACAAAUGGAACCCUCGUCAGUAGUUAACGCAGAUCAAAAUCUAUCUCCAACUGAGACUGAGGAAAGAGAAGAUAGUCCAGUAGACGUGUCCAAUCGUAAUACAGAAAAAGGAUGGAGUCUUUGGGGUUUAGUUAGAGCAGGUUGGAAUGUUAAAGAAGGAUCAUCUUCGCCGACACCUGACUCAAAUCCACCAAUCCGUCCAGGACAAGAGCUAACGCAACGUUUGGAUUACGUUUUACGAGCAGUUGGAUUAGGUAGAAAUUAUUUAUAUGCAGUAGUAGCUCAUACUAGAUAUUGGAGUAACGAUGAUGUGGCUUAUUUUGUUCUAACAAGACUAUUUCCAACAUUAGAAGCAUGAUGGCAAUGUCAUUGCUUGAAGAUGAAUUUAAGCAGAUUUUAUUAAAUUUACUAGUCGAUUGCUGGCCUUUUAUACCUGAUAUAAACAUUAGGCCUACCACUAAAAAACAAUCUGUGAUAAUGGGAAAAAAACGAUACAAUAACAAUAUAAAAUCUACAUAAAAUUCAUGAGAUUUUAUAUAAUAAUUCAUGCAGUUCAAUAUUAAUACGGUCAAGAUUUUGCAGAUCAAAUAAAUUAUAUAGGUAUGUAUGCGUAUGUGUACAUAAGCGCAUGUGUGCGCGCAUCAUACACAUGUUAAAUUUGUAUAUUACUUCAUACUGUAAGGAAUAAUAAGAUGUGUGUAUGUAAAAGUGAUAUAUGUCUAUUAUAAUAAUAUUAUAAUAAUAUUAUUAUAAUACACGUAUAUUACUUUUAUCUUUAAAAAUGCCUGUUUUUAUAACUUAUCAUAAAUAAGUUUUAUUUGUUGUGUUUAAUAAGUAUAUAGUUUAUACUAGAUAUUUAUUUAAGAAUUUAAUCAUAAUAUACAAUUGUUAAGACCAAAAAAAAAUACACACACGUACAUUAAUUGAUGAUAAAAGAUUAAUAAUGGUAGUAAUCUUCCUUUAAAGUUAGCCAUUAAAAGUUUACUUUUCAUUUUAUAUCAGUACAAUCUCCCACUUUAAGGACAAUGAUUAUUUAAUUGGAUUAUUCAAGUAUAAUAAUAUAUUCAUCUAUGUUCUAAUACUGAAUAUAAUGAGACGCAAUGAAAGAAUAAAAUGAAAGAAAAUUGCUUAAUAAUUAAAACUAUGUAACAUCUGUCAUACCGAUACUCAAAUUUUUGAGUAAACAAGAAACGUUAUCACUCUCUGUGCACAAAUUGUUUUAUUUCUUUAAAAUUCUUACUCACUGAUCAUGUUUCUCUAUAUCAUUUAAGAUACGUUGCAUACGUAUGUAUACAAUUCUAAUCAUAUUCAUCUAUGAUGACUAUAAGAAGCUCGAAAUACAGUGGGAUUUAAAAACGAAAUCAUAUCACAAUAAAAUUGGGGAAAAGUUAAUAUAUUCAAUUGAAAUCGAGGUCGUAAACAUACCCUCGAUGUUUUUAUUCGAUAGAUUGUAAUUAACGACUAUUUUUACGUUUCAUUAACGACUAUUCCAAAUCAUAUUUUAAAUUUUGUAAAAGCACAGCACAAUAUCAUUGUAAUAUAUUUCCUGUGAUGGUAUGCAUUGUGCGUAUGUGUGUAUAUACACAGUGGCCCACUAAUCAUGGUACAACCAGGAAUAGAACUGACUCUUCUUGAAAUAAUAAAUUGAAAUUGUUAAAUAACAUCUUUUUCUAUACGACAUUUUUGUUUUUUUUUUUUUUUUUUUUUUUUUUUUUUUUUUUUUUUCAAAAAAACCAAAUGUAGAUAUUAAAUGUAAUCAUACAUAUACCUAAUUUAACUGUCGUUGACCAAAACUUGUUUACAGAUAAUAUUAAAUAUAUAGACAAUUUUAUUCCAUUACCAUUUUUUUCAUUUAUCCUUUUUCUUAUUAUACAUUGAAAGGUUGUUACAUAUCAACCGACUAUUCGUUAAUCAAUUUGUAUGUAUUAACAUUCGCUACUUAAUUAUAUCUACAUUUUUUUCCAACAACGGUUUGGAUUAGGUAUGCAUAUAUUUCAACAAAACGUAUUAUAAAAAAAGUUUUAUUUCGCAAUUUCAAUUUAUCAUUGAUACAGAUACAUAUAUUAUUAAUGUUAAAUUGAUUUAUAUGUAUGCGUAUCAAUCAAAUCUGGUUUGGUUUUCUAAUAAUGAUGUUUUAUAGACACAUCUUUAUAUAUGGAAUCCUUUGUUUUUAUAUCAAUCUCGUAUAAGAUUAUUGUAAUUACACUAUGAGACAACAAUAACAAAAUAGUGCAUAAUAAUAGUAUUAUUAAAAUAGAAGAAACAAAAACCAAAAAUUUCAAAUUUUCCUUGUAUUCCAAAUGAAGUUCAUUCGUUGUACAGACAAUUUACUACGAUUAAAACGGCUAACGAGUAUAAUUAGCCAGUUAAAAAAAAAUGACCAACGUAUAGAAAAACAUGCAAUUAAUUAAUUAAUUAUUUGCAUGUGCGUAUAUCAUUGAUUUUUUUAUUACAGCUUUUUUAAUAUAAUCUUAUUCAAAAUUAUAAUAAGUAAAUAAAUAAAGUUAAUCGAUUCUAUGAAAUAAUAAUAAAUAAGAUAAAUUUAAUGUAUUGACUGUGCAAGGGAACAGAGUAUUCUUUUAUAGAAUAAAAAUUCAAACAAUAAAAUGUAAUCGGUUGGAAUCAAAAAAGGAAAAAGAAAAGAACUUUGUUUAAUAUUUAUUAUAGCAUAAUUUGUUACUCGCAUUAAAAUUGGAAACAUUAUGUAAUGCUAUUAAUCUUAUUCAAAUGUUACAACGUUCAAAUUUUAUCCUUGUAAAUACUUAUUAUAACAAUAAUAAGUAAUUUUUAAACGUAAUAUAUUAACUAAUAUUGUGUAAAAGAAUAUACGUGACCAAGAUUGAAAAAAAAGAGUUAUAUUUGGAAUAUCAUAUCAAAAGAAUUAAAUAUAUAUUUAUAUAUAUUUUAUUCCCUUAUGCAGUUACUACAAAAAACAAAAAAAAAAAAGCGAACAUGAAAGUAUUUACCAGGCAUAUAUGCAAUUAUGUUAAUCUAAACUAAGUUUAAGUUAUCAAUUUAUUUUAUGUUUUUAUUAUUAUAAUAAUAUAAAUAUAUUGUAAUUGGCUUAUAUUAAUUAUAUUUUACACAUUUAACGUCAGCUUUGCAUUACUGUGAGAUUCUUUUUAUAUUCAAACUAUGUAAGUAUAUUUUAUGCGUCAAUGUGUUCUACUUGUUAUUGUUUACUUUUUCUGCAUUUGUUUAAUUUUUAACGAAACACAGAAGAAGAUCUAUAAAAUAUCGGAUCAAUGGUAAAUCUGGAAAAAUGUAUUUAGAAGUCAAUAACUGUUAAGUCAUAGACAAGCAAUGCAAGUGCCAGCGUUCAAUGUGUUUUAAAAUUCAUUUUCAUUUCUUUUUAUUUUAGCAAGUAAAAGAUACAGAUCAAUGUUUCAUUAUUAAAUACAUACGUUUAGACAAUUUAUUUUUAUCAUAUUUAUGCAGAUUCUUUUUAAAAAUGAUAUAUUUAUUUUACUUAAAAAAAAAAAAACUACAGAAUCGUGCAUGUAUGCAUGAUAAAUAAUAUUGUGCAAUAACUGUUUUCGAAUUGAACAUUUAAUUAAGUACACGCCGUAGUAUUAUGACAAUAAAAUGAAGAUUAUAAAAUUACUUUCAUAUCAAUCAAUAUUCAUAUAGUCAGGUACGCAGGAACAUGCAUAAUUAAUUAGAUAUUAUUAAAUACUAACAAUAUUAUUUUAUAUGAUGAAUUUUUAUUGUAAUCGCAUCCAACAUGUACGAUAAAAUUGAUAUAUCUCAAAAAGAAAUAUAAUGAUAGUAAUUUUCAAUUACGAAACAUAAUAACGUGUUCCUACAUACUUGUAUAUUCAUGAUUACAUGUUAAUAAAACUAACGGCUAUUCUCUUUUCUCCUUUUUAAUAUGAUGCAUAUAUUCUAAUAGUUUAAUUAUAUAAGAUAGUUUUUCCUACACGAUCUAUAAUUAUUGAUAAUAUAAUAUAUGAUAGGAAAUUUUGUAAUACUAUGUAUUAGCGCUAUAUCAAAAGGAGUUUAACUUCGUUAUGAAUUAUAUGAUUCUUUACUUACAAUUAGUUUGCCAUUAAAUAAAUAAAGGACUAUUUAAUAAAUAUAAUAUCUUAUUACAAAGAUGACACACGCGACUAAACAUUUGAAUAAUUUUCUAGAAACCUUGUGCUUCCAAUAAAAAUACUUUUUCAUAAAAUUAGAUUAUAUAUAAUAAAUCAACAUUGUAUUUCAUUUAAUAAUUUAUACGUGGUAAUAAGAGCUUAAUUAAAUAUCUUUAAAAAUAUUAUGUUAUAAUUAUUAGUUUUAUGUGCCAUAAUUAAUAAUGUAUUCGAAUAAGAAAAGUGCUGUGAUCUAUUAUUUUUACUAUCUUCGUGUACAUUCAAUUGUCAUUUGAAUAAAGACAUGUGCUCAAUAUCGCGCUAGAUCGAAUGGUAAUAUUAAUUUUUUAACAAAAAUGAUAAUGCAUUAAUAUUAUAAUAUCUAAUUUUGAUACAUUAUUAAGUCUGUCGUCAACCAAUGUGACCUAAAAUAUUCUUUGUUCUAUUUUAAGGGUAAUAUAAAAGGAAAAUUAAAAUAAGUAUUUACGCUUUUAAACGAAUAAUAAUGUAUUUACUGUAAGCUAAUUGGAACAAUGUAGUUAUAAAAAAAAUCUGUUAUUUGUAAAAAUUGGACAAAAAAUGUCGAAAAGGAAUAAAGAUAUCAUCAAAGAGUGAUGAAAUGAGAGAAACAUAUUAAA